AUGUGGCAGCCACCGCCAUCGGAUGAAGAGCUAUUCGGGUCUGACGUCGAUGCCGAAGGGUCAGAAGAUGGAGAGUAUGAGGUCGAGGAUGAUGACCAGGCGGAUGGACAGGAGCCACCUCUUAGCGCUUCAGUAGAGGAGUCAAUGGAAGUAGAGGAAGAAGUAUUAGUCAACGGCGAGUAUGACAGUGGUGAGAUCAAUGUGCAGGAACACGUUGGGGAAUGUGCUGGAUAUGAAAUAGACCCGUUUGCGUCGCUCGUUCACCCGGCGAGCGUGAAUUGUAUGGCGGCGACACGGAACAUGCGCUGGCUAUUCACGGGAGGGGAUGAUGGAUUCAUUCGCAAGUUUGACUUUGCUGCAACGGUCCGGGGAGAGCAGUUGUUGACGCAGACGCAACGACAUGGACUUGUGGAUUCUAUCGAGAAGGCAGGUGUUCUGGUUUCAGCCUGGGAGAACGAGGAAUUCCCGUCAACAUACACAGCAGACGGGCUACCUGCCCUGGACCCCGAUAAUCCACCUCCUCUAGCAGCGGAUUGGUCACCGGUAUACAGCAUAGAUGUUCACUCGGAAGCUCAUUGGUGCUUGACCGGGUGUAAGAGUGGGAAUAUAAAUCUGUGGUCCAUACGACACGACGAAGGGCACUGUCAGCACAUUCUGCGCGGUCACAAUAAUGCUGUGUCUGUGCUUCGUAUUACACCGGGGGAGCGGGGAGUAAUUAGCGGGUCAUGGGACAGGACACUGCUGCGAUGGGAUCUGAACACCGGAGAAAUAAUUCGGUCUUUUCAAGGUGUAACGUCCCAAGUAACGUCCGUAAGCUUUAGUCCUUCCCCCGCAUCAUGCUAUCCAGAUUUGAUAAAUACGGAGGUUGUGAACGGCAUGGAUGCUUUAAUGGCCCCAUCAGCUGCUGAGGAUUCCUUGUUGAUGGCGACCAGCUACGAUGGAGCUGUGCUCUUGUUUGACCAGCGGCAUCCAAGUGGGAUUGGCAGAAAGCUCGUGGCAUCGAUGAGUGGCGCCCCUCCAUGGACUGUUUCGGCUACAUGGAGUGCCGAUGGCCGUCGAAUAUAUUGCGGACGAAGGAACGCUACAGUCGAUGAAUUUGAUGUAGCCGAAGGUCGUCUGAUACGAACGAUCCGCUUGCCAAGAGAUUCAGGCCCUGUAUCCUAUGUUAGCGCCAUGCCGAACAACAGACAUUUAUUAUGUGCAUCGCAGGACAUUAUACGUUUAUGGGACCUUGAUCUGACCACAGACUCACAAACCCAACGGGAUUUACCGGCGCCCGUCCAAUCUGUGACAGACGGGCCUGAGACAGGUCAAUCAUCGACCUCUAGCUCGCCGCCAGCCAGCGCGAUUAGCACGCCUAAACUCCCCACCGCCGGUCUUACUCUGUUCCUUGAUGAGGAAAUGGGCACUGACUCGGUACUGGGCGCAUCAUUGUCGGGUGGAAUGGACUCGGAUACGGCGCUAGCUCCCGCCACUGGUGGGAUGCUUGGAAUGUCAGAAGAACCUGAAAAGGCUGAGGUGAACGGAAAAGGCGGCUUCCAAGAAGAAGAUUUUGAUACAGCACCCGUUGUGCCAUUUACCAUCGUGCCGGGGCAUAAUAGUGGAGUUGUAUCAAGCAUAUUGAUCGAUCCUGCCAAGCGCUAUAUGAUCAGCGCAUCGGGAACUCGCGGAUGGGAUGGUGUCGCAUCUAACUUGUGCUUAGUGUAUUAUGUGAAACCGACUUUGCGGGCAGAGGAAUGAAAGGGCUACGAGCUUUGUAAAUUCUAAUUUAAGGGAGGGUUGCGCGAAGUCCUAUGUGAUAGACUAUAAAAUCUCCGUGAGGCAGUUUGUUUUUGGUCAAUUGUAUAUAUGGGGUAUGAAUACUAAUGAGUAUAAUAGUAUGGGUUGGACAUGGUGAG